AUGUAUAUAUAUCUGUUGAUUCUCCUGUUACAAAUAGACAGAACAACCUAUGGGAUUUUGUUUGAGUACCGACUGAGAUGCCCAGAUACCGCGGAGAAAUGGAGGGAGAAUACAAAGAAUUACAUCUGUCAUGGCGAUACGGUUUAUCACUGCAUGCAGGACCAAGAUGGGCAUUACGUCGUUUUCUGUGCACCUACUAUUUGGAUUCAACCAGAUUACUGUCCCGAAUUUAACGCAAAAGCUUCCCUGAUUGAUGUAAUUCUAUGUCAGGGGGCGACAGAGAAAUGUCCAGAAAGUGUUUAUCUAUCCAACACUGUAUAUCAAUAUCCAAGCUGCUUUCGGAUUGUGAUCAGGACCACAGGACAAACUAAGCUGGGUAAUGAAGAACAAAGGACUGAACAAAGCAUCUUGAAGCAUAUUGUUAUCUACUUUGCAGAAACAGUUGUACCUCCGAGGUUAUACGAAAAUGCAGUAAGUUUAUUAAAGGAAACCGGGUUUAUAAUUAUUGGUGGUGGGCCAGGAAGUGGAAAAACAACAUUAGCAAAUUACAUCGUGAAGGAGGAAUUCAUGGAUUAUAAUGUACAUGUCAUGAAACCAAAACAGACGAAAUUACCAGAACUAACAAGUGACAAAGGUGAUGUAGUUGUCUGGGAUGAUUGUUUUGGAAUAUGGAAUGUUUGUGAUUUAGAGGAAAAUUUAAAGACUGAUAUAAGAAAUACAAUUAUCAGUUUAAUUGAUAGAUGCAAAGGCAAGGAAAAUCACAAAGCCAUGAUAUGUAUAGAUUCUUUUUUUGAUGAAAAACAAUUGAUAGUUAAAUUUAAAUCGAAUUUUGUCAAUAUUUCUGAAAACUACGAAUUUCUUACUGAGAGAGAACAUCUUGUAAACAGGCUUGACAGAAGAAUAUAUGUAGGGAACAUUUCGGAAGAUGUAGGAUUUCCUCUAUUGGUUCAAUUGAUUGCAGAAAAUUAUUGCCAAAUCGAAAAAUCCGAAGAAUUCAUGAAAAAUCCAAUACUCAAACUAAAUGAAAAUUUCUGUGACCUUUUUAAAAAUGAAAGAGAUGUAUAUGUUACACUUGUUUAUGUGCUCUGUAACACUCCCUCUGUUGAUCAAGGAGACAUAAAUUGGACAAGUUGGACCAAGUUAAGAGACGAAUGCGAGAGUAAGGAUGAUGACUACAACAAUCCACAACAGGAAAAGAAUAACGAAUACAGUCAAUCCAGGGAAGCCAAUCAGCUUCCUAGGACGUCAUAUUUUAUUUACAGAAACCCAAAGUGUAUUAAAAUGAAUACAACCUUAACAAAAUAUCUAGAAAACACUGAAAACCAAGACGUUUUUAGAUUCCGCCACCAUUUUUUAGCGCGUCUUCUUCUGCGUUAUCACCUGGAAAAAGUAGGAAAUAAAGGGAUAUUAGAGGUGGGCAACGAGGAAAUUAAGUCGGUUGUCAAGAAGAUACAGUCUUCCUUAUUAAUCUGAAUUAUGAUCAAUCUGGAAUAUCCUGAUUUCCCACAUUUAUAAACAUUUUUCAGUGAUUAUUCCUUUUCUUGUAAAGGGACACAAGUGACUGAACUUGACUAAACCUAAGUAUGUAUACAUUUGAGGUCAUCUUGU